AUGUCUGGUCGCGGCAAGGGCGGGAAGGGCCUGGGCAAAGGCGGCGCCAAGCGCCACCGCAAGGUGCUGCGCGACAACAUCCAGGGCAUCACCAAGCCCGCCAUCCGCCGCCUGGCCCGGCGCGGCGGCGUCAAGCGCAUCUCGGGGCUCAUCUACGAGGAGACCCGCGGCGUGCUCAAGGUCUUCCUGGAGAACGUCAUCCGCGACGCCGUCACCUACACGGAGCACGCCAAGCGCAAGACGGUCACGGCCAUGGACGUGGUCUACGCGCUCAAGCGCCAGGGGCGCACGCUCUACGGCUUCGGCGGCUGUCUCUACACCUACACCUACCUUGGUGCCCUCGGACACGGCGUGCUUGGCCAGCUCGCCGGGCAGCAGCAGGCGCACGGCCGUCUGGAUCUCGCGCGACGUGAUGGUCGAGCGCUUGUUGUAGUGCGCCAGGCGCGACGCCUCGCCGGCGAUGCGCUCGAAGAUGUCGUUGACGAACGAGUUCAUGAUGCCCAUGGCCUUGGACGAGAUGCCGGUGUCGGGGUGCACCUGCUUGAGCACCUUGUACACGUAGACCGAGGCGGCAAGGCGCGCGCCAAGGCCAAGACCCGCUCCUCCCGGGCCGGGCUGCAGUUCCCCGUGGGACGCGUGCACCGCCUGCUGCGCAAGGGCAACUACGCGGAGCGCGUGGGCGCCGGCGCCCCGGUGUACCUGGCGGCCGUGCUCGAGUACCUGACGGCCGAGAUCCUGGAGCUGGCGGGCAACGCGGCGCGCGACAACAAGAAGACGCGCAUCAUCCCGCGCCACCUGCAGCUGGCCAUCCGCAACGACGAGGAGCUCAACAAGCUGCUGGGCCGCGUCACCAUCGCGCAGGGCGGCGUGCUGCCCAACAUCCAGGCCGUGCUGCUGCCCAAGAAGACCGAGAGCCACCACAAGGCCAAGGGCAACUUGCAGAUGGCCCGCACGAAGCAGACGGCGCGCAAGUCGACGGGCGGCAAGGCGCCGCGCAAGCAGCUGGCCACCAAGGCGGCCCGCAAGAGCGCGCCGGCCACGGGCGGCGUCAAGAAGCCGCACCGCUACCGGCCCGGCACGGUGGCGCUGCGCGAGAUCCGGCGCUACCAGAAGUCCACCGAGCUGCUGAUCCGCAAGCUGCCGUUCCAGCGCCUGGUGCGCGAGAUCGCGCAGGACUUCAAGACCGACCUGCGCUUCCAGAGCUCGGCCGUCAUGGCGCUGCAGGAGGCGUGCGAGGCCUACCUCGUCGGCCUCUUCGAGGACACCAACCUUUCCUGCUUCUUCACCAUGUCUGGUCGCGGCAAGGGCGGGAAGGGCCUGGGCAAGGGCGGCGCCAAGCGCCACCGCAAGGUGCUGCGCGACAACAUCCAGGGCAUCACCAAGCCCGCCAUCCGCCGCCUGGCCCGGCGCGGCGGCGUCAAGCGCAUCUCGGGGCUCAUCUACGAGGAGACCCGCGGCGUGCUCAAGGUCUUCCUGGAGAACGUCAUCCGCGACGCCGUCACCUACACGGAGCACGCCAAGCGCAAGACGGUCACGGCCAUGGACGUGGUCUACGCGCUCAAGCGCCAGGGGCGCACGCUCUACGGCUUCGGCGGCUGAGCGGCCCCGCGGCCCCGGACCCCCACCCAAAGGCCCUUUUCAGGGCCACCCAUCUCCUCACAAGAAGGGCUGUUUACGCGACAGACAAGGAAAAUAAAAGGAAGGAAAAACUCAACUCUCAAAAAAUGCUCAAUACUUCAAACUUUGCAACUCUCGGAAUUUAUUAGUUUUGUGCAAUAAGACUCUAAAGGUGGGAAAAUUCAAGUCAGAGCAGAGGGGAGAAUCUCCUGAUUCAAGCUGUGUGUGUGACUAAAGAAGCCCUCGCUGCCAUCUAUGGAGAAAGUGUGCCCAUUGUGCCGAUGUGGCCCCUGAGACACAGGGAGGUUAUAUGACACACCACAAAAGGAGUGAUAGCGCCAAGAUGUCAAGGCAGUCAGAAGGCUCCCUCUGCUGUUUCAGCCCCUCAGCAUACUAAACAAGGGUACAAAAAAUGCUGGCACCUGUGUGAACACGGACAGGAGUAAGGAACUCCGGGAAGAAAAAAGCUUGGCUUUGCCCAGGGAGGUGGGGGAGGAAGGGGGAGAUAGGGGAAAAUGUAUACCUGAGAAAGGAUUUUAUCCUAAGAAGUACAGCAAAGGUUUGUGGAUAUGAGCUCAUUAGGAGCUAGUAAAGCUUCAGCAGCUUGGCUGAAACCUUCCUGAUAACUUUGGUCUUAUGAAGACUGCAAGUGCUAACAGUGUGUAUUUUAAAGUACACAUUCAGGGGUAGGCCAUGUGGCAUAAUGUGUAAUGCCACCACCUGUGACACUGCCAUCCCAUAUGGGUGCCAGUUCAUGUCCAGCAGCUGUACUUCUGAUCCAGGUCAGUGAAAUUGGCCUAAUGGCCUGGAAAAAGCAGCUGAAGAUGACCCAGGUGUUUGGGCCCCUGCCAACCCACCUGGGAGAGCUAAAUGAAAACUCCUGGCUUCCACCUGUUGCUGCUGUCUGCAAAGUGAACAUGCAAAUGGAAGAUUCUCUCUCCACCCCCUACCCCUGACUCUUUCAGACAAAUAAAUCCUUUAAUAAAAUGAUGUUCAAGCCGGGAGAAGCUAUAAAAAUAUGAUGUGCAAUGGAAAGUCAAGGCUGAAACUGAAAAGCAAGUUCUGUAACUACGAGCAAAUGCUCAUUUAUCUGUGGGGAGAAAUGCACCCAAAUUUUCAAAAUCUUUGAAAAAAGAGUGACCAUUCUAUUACAAUAAAUUUGUUUUAAGAAACUUUGUUGAGUGAAGUUUCAUUUGUAUUGGUGACCUCUCUAAUAAAUGUAUCUGGUUUAAGCAGCCUCAGUAGAAGCCAAAUAAUACAAAUCAAAAAUAU